UUCUAACAGGAAUCGCCACACAGAACAUCAGUAGAUCAAUGAUUCAUUCUGCACUACGAAUCAUCACUGACGAAUGGGGAUUUCGAACUUUUGCAUUCCACAAUCAAGAACUAAAUAAUUUUCUUCUCCAAAUCGAUACUCUUAUUAUUGACAAAAUUUCUAUG